AGUAUCGCCUGUAGGUGAAGCAAUCGACAGCCGAUCCGCUCGCUGUGCAGGUUAGCAGGAUCCCAGAGCGCAGGAUGAAAGUGAAGCAGUUUCUGGCGUGGAACAAGCGGCUGGCCGUGGUGUAUGCGGUCGGUGCGUGGACCAUGGUUGGCGGCUACGCUUUCUAUUACUAUACUAAAGGGAGAUACAUGGUGCCAGUCAGCCCCCCGCCAGCUUUGGAGCCGGAAUUUAUAGAAGAUACAUCAUUGGAGGAUCAGCCGAAAAAGAAACGUAUACAACACACUAUUGUGUAUAAAGAAAACUUUGUCCCAUAUUCAACAAGGGUUUACAAUUUAUGGAACUCUGUUUUUGGCACAACCUCUGAGACAACAAGAAAUAUGGAUAAAGUGGAAAAAUAAUACACUGGGAACUGGAAAUCUAUGUAUUUUUGCAAAACAUCCUUUCUGCUCAUCUGACUGUGUCCCUAAGGCUUAUAAUGAGUUUUUGGGGUUUUUUUGGACAGAAUAGUUUUAUUACUUAAAAUAAAUCUAUUGCCAAAAUUGUAUAUAGCAGUUCAAAUAUAAACACAGCCUUUACUUCUUCAUGUCAAUGCCACUUUACAUAAAACAUUUAAUACUUAGGUAAGGUUACAAACUAAAUCAUUGAUUUACAUUUCUGUAAACUGGUUGGAAACUAUAGAAGACUAAAUACUCAUUUGAAAAUA